AUGACCCUCCUUCUCGAUCGUCGCGGUGCAGACGUUCAGAUCACGCAAGACGUUGUGGUCGCAGCCACAGGGAACUGGGACAAUGGCAAGGACAUUAUAAUGUUCCUUCUUGAUCGUUGCGGUGCAGACGUCCAGAUCACGCAAGACGUCGUGGUCGCAGCUGCAGAGAACGGAGGCAAUGGCAUGGAGAUUAUGACCCUCAUUCUCAACCGUCGCGGCGCAGAUGUCUAG